GCUCUUCCUAAUUAAAUCAAAAAUAUGAAUUUUCAUCAAUUACUAUUAUUUUUAAUAUUUUUAAAAAAUUCCUAUGCAGGCACUCGAGUGUAUUUCAAGCAGUGUGCAAAAAACGGAUUUACGUGCUUCACAAAUUCCAACAAGAAAGUUGAUAUUGUUUAUGACUGCUCUAAAGGAGUUGAUGAUGUCAUUUUCUUUCAUAACCAAUUCUCAGCUCCCUCCAACAUUGACAGCCUCAAAAUUCAGAAUUGCAAUACUUUGAGUCUGGCUACAAGAUGUUCAGGUGAAAUGAGACCGAUUUCCAAGCUAGAAAUCUACAACAUUAAAAAUCUCAUCUUUCAAAGACUCCAGUACGACUCAAUGCUGCCACCUACAGUGAUUUUCGAAAACGUAUCCAACAUAGACUCAAUACCAACUAAAUCGUUCAAUCAAAUAAUCAAAAGCUAUUAUUCAGUAGGCUGUUAUGUGCAGCCAAAAGAUUUCCAGAAUGUUUAUUUUAGGAAUGUCACCAUAGACACUAUCCAAUCAGAUGCUUUCGUUGCUUUAAACCAAUUUAAAAAUUUCAGUUUUAUUGGAGUUAACAUCAAAAGAAUCCAAACUCAUGGCAUAAGACUAAUGCAAGAUUUCAAAGGCGGAUUUGAAAUGAAAAAUUGCGUCAUAGACACCUUGGAGUAUAUGGCUUUGCAGAUUUACGGAAAAAGAACUAUAUUUGCUGAUAAUCAUUUUUCAAAAAUAUCAUCAAGCGGUAUCAAUGGUACCAUGGAAGACUUUUACUUCACCGAUAAUUUUGUGGAAACCCUAUACCCGUUAGCUUUUUCCAUAUUGGGUACCAACAUAUUCAUUUUACAAAACAACUUUCUGUACAUGAAAAGCUCAGCUUUGGAAUCGCUUAGUCCAGGCUUAAUCCAAGAUUCCGGAAGAAAUUUUGGCAAAUUACGAUUUGUUUAUGAUUUUAGCAAAAACACUUUGAGUUUUACGGAAGCAGGCUCUUUGCAUCCGGAUUACGUUUCCUAUGAAAACGUGCAAACAGAAAUGAUGUUUAGCAGGAACAAAAUAUUGUGUAGCUGCGAUAACUUGGGCUGGUUGUUUUCGCCACUGGGCCAUGGACCAAACACAGCCCAAAUAGAGACUUUUUACGAAAUGGUUUUGGACGAGGCUUACGGAAACGAAUGCGAUCACACAUGUAAACUACCCGUAAGAGUUGUAGAAGAAAUGAUUGAGUGCGGGAAAUGUUUGUCCAAUGUUAGUCUGGAAUAUAUUUGUGAUAAGAAUAAUAAAGCGACUACUGCAAUUGCUGUAGGUUUUAAUGAUUCUGAGAUAUUUGUGACAAGGGAAGUGUUGAAUCCUGGAAAUUAUACUAUUGGGGGUAGUAGUAAGGUGGAAUUGAAUGUUUUAGAUAUGUUUGGGGUAGUUUUGUGUUGGUGGUUGUUUUAAGGCUGUUAAAUUUUUAGUAAAAUUGUGAUUUGUAAUAAAGUACCUAUACUGAUAAUGGAUAUGGUGAUUUUAAAUUUUGAUUUUUAUUGUGGUCAUUUUAGAUGUCCUAAAUAUGCGCUGUAUGUUUCAAAUUGAUGAUUGUUGCGCAUAAUAUGUUUACCU